GACCAUGAGAGAUAAGGACUGAGGGGCAGGAAGGGGAAGCGAGCCCGCCGAGAGGUGGCGGGGGCUGUUCACGCCAAGGGCCACAGCGGCCGCGCUCCGGCCUCGCUCCACUGCUCCACGCCUCGCGGGGCCCACGGGGCAAGCCCGGCCGGGCGGGGAUGCCGGGGCUGGGGCAGAGGGCGCAGUGGCUGUGCUGGUGGUGGGGGCUGCUGUGCAGCUGCUGCGGGCCCCCGCCGCUGCGGCUGCCCCUGCCGGCCGCCGCUGCCGCCGGCGGGGGGGCGCUGCUGGUGGACAGCGGGAGCCCGAGCCACGCGGAGCAUCCGCCGCCGUCCUCCUCCUCCUCGGGCUUCCUCUACCGCCGGCUCAAGACGCACGAGAAGCGGGAGAUGCAGAAGGAGAUCCUCUCGGUGCUGGGGCUCCCUCACCGGCCCCGGCCCUUGCACGGCCUCCAGCAGCCACAGCCCCCUGCGCUCCCACAGCAGCAGCCUCGCGGGGAGCCCCCUCCCGGGCGGCUAAAGUCCGCGCCCCUCUUCAUGUUGGAUCUGUACAACGCCCUGUCUAACGACGACGACGAGGACUGGCCAUUGGACGAGGAGAGGCGGCAGCCCGGGCCCCGGAGAGGGGCCAGCCUGUCCCAGCCCCGACAGCCACCCCCCGGAGCUGCGCAUCCCCCCAACCGCAAGAGCCUCCUGGCUCCGGGACCUGGCGGCAGCGGCACGUCCCCUCUGACCAGCGCGCAGGACAGCGCCUUCCUCAACGACGCGGACAUGGUCAUGAGCUUUGUGAACCUGGUGGAGUACGACAAGGAGUUCUCCCCUCGCCAGCGACACCACAAAGAGUUCAAGUUCAACUUAUCCCAGAUUCCUGAGGGUGAGGCGGUGACGGCUGCAGAGUUCCGAAUCUACAAGGACUGUGUUGUGGGGAGUUUUAAAAACCAAACUUUUCUUAUCAGCAUUUAUCAAGUCUUACAGGAGCAUCAGCACAGGGACUCGGACCUGUUCUUGCUGGACACCCGCGUCGUGUGGGCCUCCGAGGAAGGCUGGCUGGAAUUUGACAUCACAGCCACGAGCAACCUGUGGGUGGUGACCCCACAGCACAACCUGGGGCUUCAGCUGAGCGUGGUCACUCGGGACGGACUCAGCAUCAACCCCCGAGCUGCAGGCCUGGUGGGCAGAGAUGGCCCUUAUGACAAGCAGCCUUUCAUGGUGGCCUUCUUCAAAGUGAGUGAGGUCCACGUGCGCACCACGAGGUCCGCCAGUGGCCGGCGCCGGCAGCAGAGCCGCAAUCGCUCUACCCAGUCCCAGGACGUGUCCCGGGUCUCCAGUGCCUCAGAUUACAACAGCAGUGAAUUAAAAACAGCCUGCAGGAAGCAUGAGCUUUAUGUGAGCUUCCAAGACCUGGGGUGGCAGGACUGGAUCAUCGCACCCAAGGGGUACGCUGCCAACUACUGCGACGGAGAGUGCUCCUUCCCUCUCAACGCGCACAUGAACGCCACCAACCACGCCAUCGUCCAGACGCUGGUUCACCUAAUGAAUCCCGAGUACGUCCCCAAACCGUGCUGCGCGCCAACCAAACUGAAUGCCAUCUCGGUUCUGUACUUUGACGACAACUCCAAUGUCAUCUUGAAGAAAUACAGGAAUAUGGUUGUGAGAGCGUGUGGAUGCCACUAACGUGGACCGAGUUGCUGGGGACGCGGAUGCCACCUGGUGACACGUGCCCGGGAGAGCGCCAGAAGCC